UCAGUGCAGUCCAUCGGCUCUGAAAUGAAAUGUGCGGAGGAAAAGAAAUUGAAGUGCCCAGAUUCAAAGCAGCGGAAUAACCCUGAUGAUUCCAUCAAUUCUCCAGCAAAACAAGAAAGUUCUGCUGGCAACAUCCAUAGAACCACCAGUGCAAACCCGAGUCACCGUAUACUCAAGCUAGAUCACAAUAUUCCCAGCGUUCCCAGUACUUCUUUCGUUGGAAACCCACUGCCACCCAGUGUAUCCGAGGCCUUACUGGAUGGAGUUCUGGCAAGUUGCAGUGGAAAUAAUUCGUGCCCCCAAAAGUCCUUUUUAAAUUCCUCAGAGAGAAAAAUUGAGAGCAGCGAUUCCAUAAAUUCAACACUCGAUGUAAUUGGCAGUGAUAUUCUCAAUACUAGUAGCACACCCUCUACUAGUAAUCGCAGCCUAAAACAGCAUCAUUUAAAAAUGCAUAUUUAUGAGAAUGUCACGAAAUUAAUUAUUGAGGAUGAUCCCCUGUUAAUGAUCGGGAUACCGGAAAGUUCGAUGUAUGUAAUUGAUGAAUUAAUUUUGGUAACAAAUAUUCCUCGUAAAUAUAUAUAUAUAUAUAGUACGAUGAAAAAAAUUCGUCAGAAAGUUCCUUAUGCAAUCCUUGCAUAUGAUUUUCGAUUAAGCGAAUCGCAAAUAUCGAGAAUUUUUAAAAAUACUGUGACAAAAAUGGCAGAGAUACUCAAAGAGUUGGUAGUCUGGCCAUCAAAAGAAGAAAUAGUCCUAAAUCUUCCAAUUCAAUUUCAAUUAAAAUAUGGACAAGUUCAAUCGAUAAUUGAUUGUGUCGAAAUCCAAAUAAAGCAUUUAACUCAUGCAGUACACCAGGCUGCAACAUGGUCAGACUAUAAGAAGUUGUAACGAGGCCCUUUUUGUUGGCUCUCCCCUGUCCCCUAAUAAUAACUUUUUGUUAGGUUUAAGUAAAAUAAGCAAAAGGAAUAAACGAGGUUAUAAAACCUGUCAUCGUUGGUUCCCACUCUCGAAACCUUCCUUCCCUUUGCUCCCCCCCCUCCCUACACCCUCACGCCUGCAGAAACACCAUCGCUGCAGAGAAGAAGAAAACCCCCCAUUAAGACGUCACUCACCACGUGAUCCCGGAAGAGAAAGAAAUCCCGGAACGACGAAUAAUUAGGACGAAGACAUCCGAUAACGAGUGUCCCCGAUUGACCCCGAUUAUCGGUGAUAAUCGGGGAAGAAGAAUAACGAGGAUGAGGAAGCCAACACUCGCUAUACAGCUGCCCCGUGCGUAAGAGAUUGUAUUGGAAAAUAUUCGGAGAAUAUUCUGAGGUGAUAAUUUGAGGAGAUUGUUGGAGUGAUUUUUGGAGUUUGGAGAGCUUAGUUGUGGAAGAAAAGCCGGGAGAGACGAUCAGGGAGGAACGGUUCUGGUGGAGUCAUUGUCGGAGGAGUUUCCCGUGUCUUCUUGGAAGGAUUAGAGUAGGCGCCAUCCCCGUGAGUACCCUUCAGUACCUUUCCCGCCCCAACAAAUAUCCACGGAACCCCUGUAAUAAUAUUUCCCCCCAACGGUGAGCCUCUAAAUUUAAUAAUUAUUAGUUCCUGUGUGCAGGAAUAUUGCUAGUGCAAUAAUAAUCCCCCUAGUGUUCAGUGAUCUUUCAAUCGUUCCCCUAACUUCUGCCCUCUUUUCAAU